AUGAGUGAAUCAAGAACAGGACAAUUCGCACUUGCCUUCUUUAUAUUGGGGUCAUUAUUUAUUAUAAUUGCCUUUGUUAGCCCUCAUUGGCUAGUCAACGAUGGCAAGUUGAAAGAUCCCAAGUUUAAAAAAUUAGGUUUAUGGGAAGUAUGUUUUGAUGGUUUUGGAGAUGUACAUCAUUGGUAUGAUACUGUAUUUACCGGUUGCUGGUGGAUUUUCGAGGAAGAAUAUUACAUCAUUCAUGAUCUAUUACUGCCUGGUUUCUUUAUAGCAACACAGUUCUUCUUUACAAUUACUAUGUGUUGUGUCUUGAUAUCUAUGUUCUUAUCUUACCUGUAUAUGAAAAAAGAUAGAGACGAUGACAAGUAUCUAACUCUUCUGGUAACUCUUGGCACAGUUCUGGUCAUAGGAGGAUUUUCAGGUCUUAUAUCAGUAAUUACAUUUGGAGCUCGUGGAGAUGGAAGAGACUGGAUGCCUUAUUGGGAACAUAAUGAGUUAGGCUGGGCAUAUGCACUUGGUGUUAUAGGUGUGGUUUUGUUAUUCCCUGCUGGUAUUCUCUUUUUAGUGGAGGCCAGAGUACAAAAAUAUAAAAGACUUCAUGAAAUGCAGAGCCGAGAACCUUCUUCAUAUACUAUGCAUGAAAGAAAAGUAGGAUAUUCAGGAGGUCAUACAGACAUUUGA